AUGAUCGACCCUGGAGACCGGCUCUGGGCUGGUGGUGGCAGCUUGCUUACGGGAGGGCCUUACACAUGGCACAUUACCGACUUUGAUCAGCGAAGGCAUUUCUCUGUUACAUAUUGCCCCCCGACAGCAGUACAAGACGUUGAGGAGACAGAGGAUAUUUGUCUAGCAAAAUUACGAAAGCACAUCGACGACCUUGACACGGACGUCUUGGGCAUUCGUUUCUCGGAUCCAGAAGGACCGAUUUCGGUAUCUACGGACCUAAAGGAUGACGUAACGUGGUAUAAAAACUGCCAGCCGUUGACUGCACUCAGUCUUCCUUUCCCAGUCAAGACCAUCAGAUUCAAGAGCAUGACGGAGCUUGACAGGAUGGGCCCGCAGGUGGAUUUGGUGACCUACCCAGACUAUCCCACUACAGUCGACGACGGCAGGGCAAACCACACAAAGGCAGCUUUCAAAAAAUGGUACGAGCUUCAAUGUUGGGCUCGAUUACCGCGAGACCACCCGCACAUUGUUCCAUUCGACGCCGUUGUGUUGGACGACAUUCGGGGAGGCGUUGUUGGGUUUACAAGUCUCUACAUCCCAGGCGGAACUCUCAAAGACAACGGCGCUACUACCCGGCCAUUUCGUUUAGCGUGGCUACAACAGCUCCUGUCUGUUGUAGAUGAUUUGAACUAUCGCUACGGCAUCAUGCACCAGGAUAUUGCUGCGCGUAACCUGCUCAUCGACGAGAAGGAGAAUCUCCGUAUCUUCGAUUUUGAUUUUUCUAUUAUGCUUCACGAGCAUUACACCCCAGAGCGUGAUGAUAUGAAAGGCGUUAUCUUUACUUUGUACGAGAUCAUCACUUUGGAUGAGCAUUUCCGAGGAGUACCUCAUAUCGAGCAGGAUGCUGAAGCUGUACUACGGCUUGAGUGGAUAAAACACCCGGACGUGAAACUGGAUGCUGAUGUACACGUGUUCCGAAAGGUACUAGAUGCGUGGGUUGACAAGAGAAGGACGCGGGAAUUGAAGCUCGUCGAAACAUGUUUGAAGUGGUCGCUGAUGCCACAGGAGCCAGCGGCACCAGUGGCGGUAAGAGGGCUUGAUGGAACUGUCGAGGGAAAGGAAAUGAAAUCUACCCCGGUCUUGAGCCGGUCGGAUUUGAUCAAGCUGAAUGAGCCGUACUUGACAUGGGAGCGGCCUGCAAGUUAUCAGUUCAAGAAUUUGCCGGAACAGAACGGCCACCAGAAGGAGAUGGAUGUGCCAAAAUCAGCCACGGCACAAGAGAGCUGCGAGUCUAUAGACGGGCACCUCGGGGACAAAACAGACGACGCACCCAGUCAGAAGGCUCACUUCGACUAA